AAUGUAGGGAGGAUCAGAGUCUGAGCCUUGCGCCCCCUACCGGCAGGAACACCACCAGACACCAAACUGAUGACGUGGUUCGGUCCGCUGACCAGAGCAGCAGUAUGGCCGACCAGAGCAGGCAAAUAAAACUCGCUGCAGCUAAGAAAAAGCUGAAGGAGUUUCAGCAGAAGAGCUCCCCUGCUAGUGUGGGAGGAGAAAAAGGUAGUGGAGGAGGAGGAGGAGCAGGGGCCAAGAAGAAGAGGAAGAUUAAGGGACCUAGCCAAAAUGAUGCACCUUCAAUGGACAGAAGCUCUCCAGACAAUACCUUUGCUGAUAUGGUGGUCAUGGGGUCUUCAGUUCCCCUGCUGCUGGAGGAGCCAAAGGGCGAGACUGGUCGCAGCUCACCUGUGUCUAACCCCGCUAGUGCUAACACUGCUACUACUAUUAACCCUGAGUCUGUCAGUCACAACACUGACAUUCAGGACUAUCCUGAUACCAACGGCAAUGAGAGUUUAACAGAGGAUAAUAGACCACUGUCUUCCACAGAGAGCCUGCGACAGCUCUCACAGCAACUGAACGGCCUGGUCUCUGAGUCAUCUGCUGCUUAUGUGAAUGGCGACAUUGCACCUCGUAGUGAUGAGAGAGAACUGGAGAGUCGGAACCAGGAGCUGGCAGCCGCCCUGGAGUCCAGCAACCUAACAAACUCUCAGCUCAAUACCAAGCUAGACCAGCUGGCACAGCAUUCCCAGGGGCUUUCAGAGCAGCUGCAAAAGGAGCGAAAAGAAUUUGAGCAGAGGUUUUCGAAAGAACAGGGAGCUAUGCGGGAACAAUUGCAGGUACACAUCCAAACCAUUGGUAUAUUGGUAUCAGAGAAAUCAGAACUACAAACAGCACUACAAUAUACACAACAGGCGGCACGGCAGAAAACAGCUGAGGCAGAGGAGUUGAAUAACCGUCUGCAGGCAACAAAGCAGAGAGUGUCAGAGCUGGAGAGAACUCUGUCCUCUGUCUCAACACAGCAGAAACAGUUUGAAAAACACAACAAAGAGCUUGAAAAGGAGAGAGACAACCUGAGGCUGGAAAUGUUUAGACUAAACAACUUGAGCGAGGAGUCGAAGCAGCAGAACUCAGAGCUGUCGGAGCAGCUAAAGCUGAGUACACAUGAGAAUGGAGCAAUGAGGCUCGAGGUGGAAGAUCUCCGCAAGAGGCUUGAGAUAGCUGAUCUCAUGUUGCAACAGUGUUCCAGUCAGUCAGAUCCCACCAGUGCUAACCAGCAGGUCCAGUUACUGCUGGAAGAGAAGCAGCAUCUGGAAGUACAGAAUCACCAGCUGUUGGAGUCGAUUGCCAAACUAAAGACAGAGAGGGACUGUUAUGCAGAGCAGAUCCAAGAGGAGGGUCGAGUGUGGAAGGACAAAACAGAACAGUUGCUAACACAGGUGUCUUUGGUUGCAGAGGAGAGGGAUCAAAACAUCAGCCGAGUCCAAGAACUGGAAGCCAGCAUCACAGAGCUGAAAAAUGCUGCAGCAUUAUUGUCGCAGGAGAGAGAGGUUCAGGCUGAAGCAGAGCCUCAGUCCUCAGGGCCAUCAGAGAGUGAGAUGGCUCUGCAGGAGGCCCUCAACACUCUGCAAGAGGAAAAAGAUUCUCUCAUUGCGCAGUACCAGGCACAGCUGCGAGAUAACAAGCAGCUGAGCCGCCUGUGUGCAGAGCAGGAGGCGCGUUUGGGGGAGCUGGAGCAGCAGGUGGAGCGCCAAGUUCAGGAGGAAGAGGACCGCCGGCGCAUGUUGGAGGAUGUUCAGUCGGACAAGGCCACUAUCAGCCGUGCUCUCACCCAGAACCGCACACUGAAGGACCAGCUGGCUGAGCUACAGAACGGUUUUGUCAAAGUGACUAAUGAGAACAUGGAGUUGACCACUGCCAUCCAGUCAGAGCAACAUGUGAAAAAGGAGUUGGCUCGCAGAAUGGGUGAACUGCAAGAGGAACUGCACAGCGUGAAGGAGCAGCUGGAACUGAAAAGUAAGGAGACUCAGGGGCUGAUGGAGCAGAGGGACCAGGUAGUGGCCCAUCUGCAGCAGUACUGUGCUGGCUACCAGACCUUGGCCUCAGAGAGGGAACAGCUCCACCACCAGUAUCUGCAGCAGAUCCAGCUCAUGGACCGACUGCAGCACGAUGAAAGCCAGGGUCGUGUGCAACUGGAAAUUAGUCACAGUCAGCUCAGACAAGCGCAGGAGCAGUUGGAGCAGGUAGUCAGAGACAACGAGCAGCUGAAGUCUGAGGUGAGGGAGCUGCUCAAUAGCUCAGCUCUUGCCCCAUCAGCCAGAGACCAAGGUGAUGGAGUGGAAAGCCAGUCCUUGCAAGAGAGCCCAAAAAAGUCUUCCUCUAUAGUAAUCCCAGAAGACUUUGAGAGCCAGAAGGAGAUGGAGGAGUUUAUCCGAGGAGCUUUGGCUGAGUUGGAGGCAGAGAGGGACGAGGCCAGGAGGCAACUGGAGGAAGAGCACAGGCUCCACAUGGCAGCCAGGCACCAGACCGCUGUGGCACUCCAACUUGAACAGCAACACCACAUCCACAAACCUGUUCAUGACCAGCAUCACAAGCACGAUCACACUCAGGGCCAACAUAGUCACUGUGAACACAGUCACGAGCAUUCAGAAGGAGGAGUGCCAGUGGAGGUUCAUCAGGCCUUGCAAGCAGCCAUGGAGAAGCUUCAGCAGCGUUUCACUUCCCUCAUGCAAGAGAAAGCUGACCUGAAGGAGAGGGUGGAGGAGCUGGAGCACCGCUGUAUUCAGCUGUCUGGAGAGACUGAUACUAUAGGAGAGUACAUAGCCCUGUAUCAGAAUCAGCGAGCCAUCAUGAAGCAGAAACACCACGAGAAGGAGCAGUACAUCAGCAUGCUGGCCCAGGACAAGGAGGAGAUGAAGACGAAGCUGGCAGAGCUGCAGGAUCUGGUGAUGAGGCUGGUCGCUGAGAGGAACGACUGGUACAGCCGCUACACAGGCGCAGUGGCCGGCGCAGGUUCAGCGAACCCCGAUCUGCUUCCUGUUGGACAGGAUCACGCUCACCCAGAGCACCCAGAGCCUAAUGCUGUCGAUGGAGCAGAAGCCAUGGAAGUCAUUCCUCUGUCGGAGGCCGCCACAGGCCCGGAAGCCCCCUCUUCCCAGACAUUUUCAACCGGGUCAGCCCAGGCCGACCCAAAGUCUCUGGGGCCCAAAGAGGACGGCACAGCCCAGCAGAUCAUGCAGCUGCUCCAGGAGAUCCAGAACCCCCAAGGAGCGCUAAGAUCACCUCCCUUUCUCGGGGAGAACCCCUGCAUUCCCUUCUUCUACCGGCCUGACGAACAGGACGAAGUCAAAAUCCUGGUGGUGUGAGGUGUGGGUGUGACAGAGCCUGGUGUGUUUUUGUGUGUGUGUGUGUGUGUGCGCGUGUGUGUGAUAGAGAGAGAUAAUGGACAUGUGUUAAAGUAUGAGGAAUAUUAAACACCACAGUUUACCAUAUUUGUAGCUUAUUUAUCACAUUUACAAACACUUGCAAAACUGGUCACAGAUAUGUGAAUGUCUUUGACCCAGUUGAAUUAAAAUGCCCCCUCACUGUUCUAUUGUUGGCACAAAUGUGUAGAUUUUUUUCUAUGAUGCUCUUCCCAGAAAAGAGAUAAUCAGGAUUCCUUAAUGCAAUCUGAUUAUUCUCCUUACCAGAAUUUUUGAUUCCCAUAUUUCCUCUUGUCUCUCAUCUUACACAAAAGUGCAAUAAAGGGGCCAUAUAUUCCGCCCCCUCGCUGACAAAGUACUUAAAGAGCUGUCAGACAUUAGCAGCCUGUUUGUGUGCAACUUAAUUUUAGUGCAAAUCUCAGUUUUCCACAAUUCACUAUACAAAUGCCAAAAAAUAAAGGGCAUCACUUUUGAAUGUAUUAACCACAAUAUUUACCUGUAUGUCUGUGUAAUGACAAAAUGUGAGGAGAAAUGAUGAAGAGUGGGGUGUGAGCAGAAGUCAGCAAAGAAGCUUAGAGCUCAUACUAUCAUAAUAGGUUUUGAAUCUGUUUCGACGUCAAGAGCUCGCUAGUUACAUGUUCAGGUUCGGGGAGGUGGAGGCAGGUGUUGCAGGUUGGUUCUGUUCCUCAAACUAACUUUUCUCUACAUUGUCUUUUUCCUUCAAACACUGAAAAUAAGUCGUAUGUUUGUAAAGUGCAAAAUGUUAAUAUAUGUGAAACAUUUGUGUUGUGAUGUCACACAUCCUGUAAGACUGAGAGAAGUCACAGACGUUACAAAAAGGUGGUUUCAAAGUUGUUGGGGGUCAGAUGCAAUUUAACGACCACAUGAAGAAACAAUACAAAUUUUGGUUAAAGGUACUAAGGCAUUAUUUUCUCAUUAGUUGCUCAAACAGUGAAAAAGGGCAUCUUGUUAUGCAGAUAAAUAAUAGAACUUGGGUGGGAUGCAGUGCCAGGGCCUGUUUUCUGCAUCAUUGUUUUCUGCAAGUUGUUCUACAUUUUAUCUUUGGCAUUAGUGUGAUGGAUGCCAAGGUGCAGUUGCUUGACGAAGUUACAAGAAAUGUGGUGUUAGAAUCUCUUUAUCUGCACUCAUGAUAAUCUUUCUUCUUCUUAAAACAUUUGGCCAGUGUCAUCACAAUCCUCUAAUCCACACUCUCAUCACUCAAGUCAUGAAAAUAUAUGUUUUUUCCCCCCUCAUCAGAGCUUUUCAUCCAUUUUUAGCUCCAACUUCUCGUUCCUGAGAGCCUGCUCUGUUACACUUGUUUGUAGGUUAACAUAUCAGGAUGAAUUAAUGCAAUCCUUUACAACUGGAAUGUAAGUGUACGUGAUGCGUGUGUAACCCAUACUGUUUCCUCCUCAACCGAAGUUGCAUAUGCUGAAUCUUUUGUAGGGUUGUAUCAGAUUAUAUGAGUAAGAUUGCACUAAAACUGUACAAAGCUUCUCGUUCAGCUCUGUCCUCUCUGGCUCGUUGGGCAGAUGAUGUUUGUACCAUGGAGCCUCUUAGCUGGGCUUAAUAACUUCUGAGGAGGAAGAAGGUGAAUCCUGUGAAGCCACUCUUUUAAGCUGAGGGUUCCAGUUGAAACAAAUUUAUUUGAAAGUGUGUGUUUGUGCGAGUGUAUGCACCGUUGCACUCGGAGGUUGAAAGAGGAAGGUGUGUAAAUAUGAGUAGAGAGGGUGAAAUUAAUGAGAUCGCUCGCUUUGCGAGGUUGUGAUGUUUUUCUUGAAAGAGAAGGACCAAUCAGAAAUUAGCAAAAAUUAACAUCGCAUUUAAAACCAGUGAACAAAAACAGUUGAAUUUGUCAUGUUCCUUUUUUGUUACUCUUGUACUGGCCAACAAACACUCCAAUUGGCAAAUCUCCUUUUGGGCAUUAAAAACAAGGAAUUAGAUAGGAUCCCAACAUCUGGACUGACUAAAUACCAUUUCUUGAAGACACUAAAGGUGUUGGGCUUUCAGAUGGAUGUGCUCAUAUUCACAUGCAGAUUGGAGGAUUAACUGAGUGGCAUCUUCAGUGCACAUCUCUUUCCCUUGACAGCUGUUAACUACUUGCACUGUCACAUUACACCAUUUCAGAUUAAAUUAAGGCAGAGGCUUUGCAUGGUUUUAACAUGCAAGGAAACGAGGGUCUCAUUAUAAGACUGUUCUAGAGAUAUUUGUACCGUCUUAUUCGGAUGUCUUUGAACAUUAAGAUUUUGUCUGUUUAGACACAUUUGCUCGGUUAUUAAAUUGCACAUUGAUAUUUAUCAACAAAAGCAACAGGACAGAAAGCAUUAGCGCAAUUUCUGUAUUUUUUUUUUCAGGAAAAAUAUAAUUAAAAUAUGAAUAAGGUAUGUGGAGGCCAUAUGUAUUUGUUGGUGUUUUUUUUGUUUGUUUUUAAUAGGGAAAGUAAACAGAAUGGUGUCUACCCUAAACCACAGCACUUUGUAAAUAAAUGUUGUGGUUGCUCUCAUUCUCAAUCGAAUUCUGUCGCUUUUCAGUUUCUUUUGAAAUGUGCCACAAAGUUUUUCUUUCCUUGUGUUUUUGGGAGGAGCUAAAAUAUACAGUAAGAAUCAAUUUAGUGUCGUUCCAGGGGUUGUAAAAUAAUAAAAGAAGGUGGGAAAAAUUACUUCCCAUGCUUUCUAAUUCACUGUUAAAUAUGUUAUGCGUGAUUGAAACAAAUAGCAAUGAGAGAGCAUUUAUUGUCUUUAUUGUAAAACAGGUGUUGUAUAUACUGUAACUGUGUAACAUAUUGUAUAUUCAUUAUGCCUGGUGUGUGGGGGACAAGCUGCUCGGCCAUGUUUACUGGCGGUGUGGACUGUGUGUAUGUGUGUUAGCUCAGAGUCGGGCUUUGGCGAUUGCUGACUGGCUGUGAUUUAAUACAAAGAUUGACUAAAAAAGAGAAAAUAUUCUAUUUAUUUGGAAUAAGUUAGUGUCACAACUAAUCAGUUUUAAUGUAAAAUUGAAGUGAGUGUCGGAUGGAAAUGAAGGAUCUUUCAGAGAACUGAUUUGUUCGAGGGCUGCUUCUGUCAGAAGCUUACUGAUUUUUUUUUUUUUUUCCUUGAGUAAUAUUUUCUCCCCUUUUCCUGAAUAAAACUGAUUGAGCAACUUAAA